GUAGAUGAUGGCAAGAUCUUUCAUGGGAGUGGAGUGGGGGACCCCUUUGGGCCCCGCUGCUACAAGGGAGACAUCAUGGGCUGUGGAAUCAUGUUUCCCCGUGAUUAUAUCCUUGACAGCGAAGGUGACAGCGAUGACAGCUGUGAUACAGUGGCUAUCAGGGCCAAGCCCCGGGGUGUGAGGAAUGUCCUGUACUUGAACCAGGAAGCAGAGGAAGAGGAGGAUGAAGAGGAAGACGGUGAAGACAUGGAACAAGAGCAUGAAGGCAAGAAGGUGGUGGUGUUCUUCACACGCAACGGAAAGAUUAUAGGCAAGAAGGAUGCCGUGGUGCCAUGUGGGGGCUUCUUUCCCACCAUCGGGAUGCUGAGCAGUGGGGAGAAAGUCAAGGUGGAUUUGCACCCGCUCAGCGGCUGAGGACUUGAGGGGGGGUGUGAGGGAACCCCCGUCUCUUUUGUUUUGCCAUUCCUCGAGGCUGCCUGAUUUGUUUGGGAUGUUCUUCAUUGCACUCCUAGCCUCUGCCUCCAGGGGGCGGCAUUUUUUUUGUCUGUUGGGCCAUAUAGAUGUCUGUAUCUAAUACUACCUGAGCCACUAACCUGUUUCUCUAUUGCCCAGUCACAGAGGCCAAUGGAUCGUGCCAGAUGCUGAAAAAAUUCUGGGCCUCUUUGCUUUCAGCAUGGCCGGGAGUCACGUGCUGGGGGCGGAGGCUUCCCAUUCCCCCUGGCCUGCCACAGAGAGCAGUUCCGACUUUUGCAUGUGGCCUGUCGCUCCUUGUCCUUUGGAAGCAAGGCUGAGCUUGGAGGGACCCAGGGUGCCGGCUGCCGAGCAUUAGUUCAGUCGCUGAUGGAGCGGCGUUGGGACUCCUCCUCACUGCUAUGGACCUUGUAUUACAAUCUAAGUGGCCAGAGCAGUGCCCCCCCCCCCAGCCCCCCAAAAGCCAUGUGUUCUCUCCACCCUCCUCCUUCCCCAUCCAUUGCAGUGCUGUGAUUUCCUCUCAAGAGUGUUUUUCUGGUUCUUAUACUUAUUCCUUGUAGUGCCCCCCCUUUUUUUGGACUCCAUCUUUCCCCAGGAGAAGGGGGGGAAGAAAUGAACAGUAGGUGCCUUGUGGAAUCUGGAUUGUCAUCUCCCCGUGGGGUAGUCUGAGACGUGCACUAUCCGAUCUACCCGUAACCCUCGAACCGACUUUUGAAGGCAAGCCUGUUAAGCCGAGAUCACUUCUGCCUCCCUGGAGGGGAGGAGGUGGCCCCUGCCCGUUUCCCUUUCCUGAAGCAUGGGGGAGGGAGGGGGGGGUUCCUGUCAUUGCAUUGUGUAGGUGCGGGGUCGUGCUGCCCCUUGGAAGACGGGAUAUCUUCCUUGGGUCUGAUGCUGCUGUAUAUCCCUCUUUUGUUGCUGCUUGUCCUUGCGAUUCAACUCUGUUGAUUUCUUGCGUGGGUGGGUUGGGGGAGGGCGAUGAAUGCAUUGUGCCCUGCCAUUGAAUAUAUCAUUUGCCUUCUGUUU